AGUACGACCAAGCGUCGUAAAAAAAGCGUCAUGGCGGCUGCCGUCAUAGGACACGGGAUGGGACUUCUUAGGAAUGUUACUGGGCAGAUCCAGUCAAGGUUGUUAGGUUUUGGUGGUGGCUCUCUGCAGGUAUCAUUCUUUCACAUCAGCUCCGCAUUCGAUGCCCGGUCGAAUUGGGACAGACGGAACUUUGUGGUUUACCCGCCUCAGCUGCCCGACGAGCCCCGCAGACCAGCGGAGGUCCAUCACUGUAGGAGGCACAUUAAGUACAGCAAAGACAACAUGUGGUAUCUGGCUAAAAUGAUCCGAGGGAUGAGCAUUGACCAGGCCAUCGCCCAGCUGGAGUUUAAUGACAAAAAGGGGGCCAAGAUCAUGAAGGAGGUCCUGUUAGAAGCCCAGGAGAUGGCAGUCAGAAGUCACAACGUGGAGUACAAGUCCAACCUGUAUGUAGCCGAGUCUUUCUCCAACAAAGGGAGGUACCUGAAGCGCAUCCGUUAUCAUGGCCGGGGCAUGUUUGGGAUCAUGGACAAGGUCUACUGUCAUUACUUUGUGAAGCUGGUGGAAGGACCUCCACCCAAAGUGGUGCAGAAGACCAGCUUCGACCAGGCCCAGGAGUACGUCCAGCUGCUGAAGAACCGCACCAUCAUACACAGCCUGUAGGCCAACGGACUGCUGUCUGCUUCUGUUUUUGUUGUUUUUUAAUGUGUAAAUAAAUAAAAUGAAUGAGCACAUGGGAGCUGCAGGAGGAAGCCGUUGCUCUGCAGCUCUUUGUGUUCAUUCGA